UGGGCAGCGAGCGGGGUGGGUUGGCAGCCGCGGCGGCUGAGGCGGGGAGGAGCUGUUGCGGCGGCUGUUCUUGUUUGGAGGCGAGGAGGGGGACCGAGAAGCCGCGCUCUUGAGCAUGUGGAUUCCGACGGAGCACGAAAAAUACGGAGUGGUAAUCGCGGGUUUUCGAGGAACAGUCCCUCAUGGCUUAUCUCUGGAGAUUGGAGACACUGUUCAAAUACUAGAGAAAUGUGAUGGCUGGUAUAGAGGAUUUGCCUUAAAGAACCCAAAUCUCAAGGGUAUCUUCCCAUCCAACUAUAUACACUUGAAAAAUGCAUGUGUUAAGAACAAAGGGCAAUUUGAAAUGGUUGUCCCAACGGAAGAUUCUGUUAUCACAGAGAUGACAUCAACUUUAAGAGACUGGGGGACAAUGUGGAAACAACUUUAUGUGAGAAAUGAAGGGGACCUCUUUCACCGACUUUGGCACAUAAUGAAUGAAAUCCUAGACCUGCGACGCCAGGUACUAGUGGGCCAUCUUACCCAUGAUAGGAUGAAGGAUGUCAAACGGCACAUCACUGCUCGAUUGGACUGGGGCAAUGAACAACUGGGAUUAGACUUGGUUCCAAGAAAGGAAUAUGCUAUGGUGGAUCCAGAGGAGAUCAGCAUUACAGAACUUUAUAGACUGAUGGAGCAUCGUCAUCGAAAGAAAGACACGCCAGUGCAAGUAAGCAGCCACCAUCUGUUUGUCCAGAUGAAGAGUUUGAUGUGCUCCAAUCUGGGAGAAGAACUGGAAGUCAUCUUCUCGCUUUUUGAUAGUAAAGAGAAUCGACCGAUCAGUGAGCGUUUUUUUCUAAAACUGAAUCGAAAUGGCUUGCCAAAAUGCCCAGAGAAGCCGGAAAGACAUUGUUCUCUCUUUGUGGAUUUAGGAACCAGUGAACUCAGGAAGGACAUCUAUAUCACUGUGCAUAUUAUACGCAUAGGCCGAAUGGGAGCUGGUGAAAAGAAAAAUGCUUGUAAUGUACAGUAUCGACGACCUUUUGGCUGUGCCGUCCUCAGCAUAGCAGAUCUACUGGCAGGCGACACAAAAGAUGACCUUAUCCUAAAAGUGUACAUGUGCAACACAGAGAGCGACUGGUACCAGAUCCAUGAAAACAUCAUCAAAAAGCUAAAUGCUCGUUAUAACUUAACAGGAUCCAAUGCUGGCCUGGCUGUAUCUCUUCAGCUGCUACAUGGAGACAUUGAACAGAUCAGAAGGGAGUAUACAUCCAUGUUUACCCAUGGUGUAUCAAUAACAAGAAAGCUGGGGUUUUCCAAUAUUAUCAUGCCUGGUGAAAUGAGGAAUGAUUUAUAUAUCACAAUGGAAAGGGGAGAGUUUGAUAAAGGAGGGAAAAGUGUGGCCAGAAAUGUGGAAGUGACAAUGUUGAUCGUGGACAGUGCUGGUCAAAUUUUAAAGGAUUUCGUCUCCUUUGGCUCUGGAGAGCCACCAGCUACUGAAUUCCACUCCUUUGUUCUGUACCAUAACAACAGUCCUCGGUGGGCUGAGCUUCUGAAACUUCCUAUUCCUGUGGAUAAAUUCAGGGGAGCACACCUUCGCUUUGAAUUCCGGCACUGUUCCACAAAAGAAAAGGGAGAGAAGAAGUUGUUUGGUUUUUCUUUCGUCCCUCUGAUGCAGGAAAAUGGAAGGACGCUGCCAGAUGGCACUCAUGAGCUCAUUGUGCACAAGUGUGAAGAAAAUGUAAGUCUUCAGGAUGCCAGUCGCUACCUCAAAUUCCCUUUUUCGAAAGGACUUGGAAACAACCACCCUGCACUAAAAACCACUAAGGAGUCUUUCUGGAUUACAUCUUUCCUGUGUUCGACUAAGCUUACACAAAAUGGGGACAUGCUUGACCUUCUCAAAUGGAGAGUCCAUCCAGAAAAAAUUGCAGGUUGUCUUUCAAAACUGAAAGAAAUAGAUGGAUCAGAAAUAGUAAAGUUUCUCCAAGAUACCCUGGACACUUUAUUUGGGAUUUUGGACGAGAAUUCUCAAAAGUACGGGUCCCAUGUAUUUGAUUGUUUGGUUCACAUAAUAAAUAUGCUGCAGGACAGCAAGUUUCAUCAUUUUAAGCCUGUUAUGGACACCUACAUUGAAAGUCAUUUUGCUGGAGCACUUGCAUAUAGAGACCUCAUCAAAGUUUUAAAGUGGCAUGUUGAUCGAAUAACAGAAGUGGAGAGGCAAACACACAACCAGGAAGUACUAAAGGCACAAGAAUAUAUAUUUAAGUAUAUAGUUCAGUCUCGGAAGCUGUUCUCCCUUGCUACUGGAGGACAAAACGAAGAAGAAUUCUGCUGUUGCAUUCAGGAGCUUCUGAUGUCUGUGCGAUUCUUCCUUUCACAAGAAACCAAAGGGACUACUGCUUUAUCUCAGGCCCAAGCAGUCUUUCUCAACUCUUUCCCAGCUGUGUAUUCAGAGCUGCUGAAGCUAUUUGACAUGACAGAGGUGGCAAACUUAGUACGUGAUACACUAGGAAGUUUGCCGACCAUCACGAAUGCAGAUGAAUCCCUUCAAGCUGUAAAACUCCAGUGCAUUGGAAAGACUGUGGAGAGUCAGCUCUAUUCCAGUCCAGAGUCCCGAUAUAUUCUACUACCUGUAGUUCUGCAUCACCUCCACGUGCAUCUGCAAGAGCAGAAGGAUCUGAUCCUGUGUGCGCGCAUCCUCAGCAACAUAUUUUGCCUUAUCAAGAAAAAUAGUUCUGAAAAGUCAGUUUUGGAAGAAAUAGACAUAAUUGUGAACAGUCUGCUAGAUAUACUGCUAAGAACCAUCUUGGAGAUCACAAGCCGACCUCAGUCCGCAGGAUCUGCAAUGAGACUUCAGUUUCAGGAUAUUACUGGAGAAUUCGUGUCAUGUCUGUUGUCUUUAUUACGACAAAUGACUGACAGACAUUACCAGCAACUUCUUGAAAGAUUCAAGACGCGAGAUGAACUGAGAGAUUUCUUGUUGCAAAUAUUUACUGUAUUUCGAAUAUUACUAAGACCUGAGAUGUUUCCAAAAGAUUGGACAGUGAUGCGUUUAGUUGCUAACAAUGUUAUUAUUACAACAGUGUUAUACCUUUCGGACGCCCUUCGUAAAAACUUCUUAAACGAAAGUUUUGAUUACAAGAUUUGGGAUUCCUACUUUUACCUUGCUGUCAUUUUUAUAAACCAGUUAUGUCUGCAAUUAGAAAUGUUCACGCCUUCAAAGAAGAAAAAGGUAUUGGAAAAGUACGGCGAUAUGCGGGUUACAAUGGGAUGUGAAAUAUUCAGCAUGUGGCAAAAUUUAGGAGAGCACAAAGUCCACUUCAUCCCAGCACUAAUUGGCCCUUUCUUAGAAGUGACACUGAUACCUCAGCCUGACCUACGGAAUGUAAUGAUUCCUAUUUUCCACGACAUGAUGGAUUGGGAACAAAGGCGGAGUGGCAACUUUAAACAGGUGGAAGCAAAACUGAUUGACAAGUUGGAUAGCUUGAUGUCAGAAGGCAAAGGUGAUGAAACAUACCGAGAACUCUUCAAUAGUAUCCUGUUGAAGAAAAUUGAACGGGAAACAUGGAGAGAAAGUGGCGUCUCUUUAAUUGCCACAGUAACCCGCCUAAUGGAGAGGUUGCUGGACUACAGAGACUGCAUGAAAAUGGGUGAUGUGGACGGCAAAAAGAUUGGAUGUACUGUCAGCUUGUUGAAUUUUUAUAAGACAGAAUUGAAUAAAGAGGAAAUGUAUAUUCGGUAUAUACAUAAACUGCAUGAUCUGCACCUAAAAGCGCAAAACUUUACAGAGGCUGCUUACACACUGUUGCUCUAUGAUGAACUGUUGGAAUGGUCAGACCGGCCCCUGAGAGAAUUCCUAAACUACCCCAUGCAAACAGAGUGGCAGCGUAAAGAAUAUCUUCAUCUCACUAUUAUCCAGAACUUUGAUAGGGGAAAAUGCUGGGAGAAUGGCAUUAUCCUUUGCAGAAAGAUCGCUGAGCAGUAUGAGAGCUAUUAUGACUACAGAAACCUCAGCAAGAUGCGGAUGAUGGAAGCUUCUUUGUAUGAUAAAAUUAUGGAUCAACAGCGUUUGGAGCCAGAGUUUUUCAGAGUUGGAUUUUAUGGGAAAAAAUUUCCUUUUUUCUUACGAAACAAAGAAUUUGUCUGCCGAGGACAUGACUAUGAGCGCCUGGAGGCUUUCCAACAGCGAAUGUUAAAUGAGUUCCCACAUGCCAUUGCUAUGCAACAUGCCAAUCAGCCAGAUGAGACCAUCUUUCAGGCAGAAGCACAGUAUCUUCAAAUCUAUGCCGUGACACCAAUUCCAGAGAGUCAGGAGGUGCUGCAGAGAGAAGGCAUUCCAGAUAACAUCAAAAGUUUUUAUAAAGUAAAUCAUAUCUGGCGAUUCCGAUAUGAUAGGCCGUUCCACAAAGGAGUGAAAGACAAGGAUAAUGAAUUCAAGAGUUUGUGGGUGGAAAGAACAACAUUGAUCUUAGUGCAGAGUUUGCCUGGCAUUUCUCGGUGGUUUGAAGUGGAAAAGCGUGAAGUAGUAGAAAUGAGUCCCCUGGAGAAUGCUAUUGAAGUCCUGGAAAAUAAAAACCAACAGCUGAGAACACUGAUCAGUCAAUGCCAGACUCGACAGAUGCAGAAUAUCAACCCACUCACAAUGUGUCUAAAUGGGGUCAUUGAUGCAGCAGUUAAUGGUGGUGUUUCCAGGUACCAAGAGGCCUUCUUUGUGAAGGAGUACAUCCUGAACCACCCAGAGGAUGGUGAGAAGAUCGCAUGCUUGAGAGAACUGAUGCUUGAGCAGGCUCAAAUUCUGGAAUUUGGCUUAGCUGUACAUGAGAAGUUUGUCCCUCAAGAUAUGAGACCUUUACAUAAAAAACUAGUGGACCAGUUCUUUGUGAUGAAAUCAAGUUUGGGAAUACAGGAAUUUGCUGCAUGUAUCCAGGCUAGUCCAGUCCACUUUCCGAAUGGAAGCCCCCGUGUCCCUAGAAAUUCAGUACCUGUUUCUAUGAGUCCAGAGGGUGUCAGAGUAAUCCCUAGGCGUAGUCCGUUAAGCUAUCCAGCUGUCAACAGAUAUUCAUCCUCAUCUUUGUCCUCACAAGCUUCUGCAGAGGUCAGCAAUAUAACUGGACAGUCUGAAAGUUCUGAUGAAGUUUUCAACAUGCAGCCAAGUCCAUCUACCUCAAGCCUGAGUUCCACUCAUUCUGCUUCACCUAAUGUGACCAGUUCUGCUCCAUCCAGUGCCAGAGGCUCACCUCUGUUGUCUGACAAGCUUAAACAUUCCAGAGAGAACUCUUGCCUCUCUCCAAGGGAGAGGCCCUGUAGUGCCAUUUACCCUAAUCCUUCUGAGCCUUCACAGAGGAUUGUGUUCAAUCACAUUGGAGAUGGCGCUUUGCCUCGAAGUGAUCCUAAUUUAUCUGGUCCCGAGAAGGCUGUAAACAGCACUCCCAGCAGCUGGAGCUUGGACAGUGGGAAAGAAGCCAGAAAUAUGUCAGAGAGUGGAAAGCUAAUGUCUCCUCCCGUACCACCACGGCCCAUGCAAACUGCAUCACCAGCUCGACAUAUAACCUCAGUUUCCCCUUCUCCUGCUGGAAGAUCUCCAAUGAAGGGUACAGUGCAAUCAUUUACUCCGUCUCCUGUGGACUAUCAUUCCUCAGGGCUCAUCUCCAACUCCCCUGUCUUGUCAGGAAGUUACAGCAGUGGCAUCUCCUCACUCAGUCGAUGUAGCACAUCAGAAACAUCUGGCUUUGAAACUCAAAUCAAUGAACACUUGGUACCUAUUUCUAACUGCAACGCUUCUGAAGAGCCAGUGAGAAAAGAAAGUAAGACUCCACCUCCUUACAGUGUUUAUGAACGGACACUGAGGCGUCCUGUCCCACUACCUCACAGUCUUUCCAUCCCCAUUCCUUCGGAUCCGCCAGCACUGCCACCCAAACCCCUGUUGGUCCGACCAAACAAUCUGGAAAAUAGUAGCAAGAGAACUGAACAAGUCCCUCGGCCUAGGCCUCUUCCGCGAAAAGUGUCUCAGUUAUAAAAAAAUUCAUUUGUAACGACUUAAGUGGUAAAACACAUCUAACAUAGGCACUUUAAUCAUUUUUGCAAAUAUUCUUUGCAAUGAUUUUAAAAAAUUGGUUAAUGUUACGUUGCACAUUUUGUUAAAUGAAAAUAUUAACCUAGGUUGCCAGACACUGUGGGGAACGGGACUGAAUUUCAUUCAUUUUAGGUACAGCAAAUGGGGCUGCUUACCAAUUUGAAUCUUACACAAGUUUUUUUUCCCAAACAUAGUUUAAUCAAAUCUAUAUUCCUCUUCCACCUCCUCUUGUUAGUAUGAUACUAUACUUUUUAGAGUAUGCAAGAUAACAUGGUUUAACAGUGGUAUCCUAAGCAGGGUUACUUAGAAUCCUACUCAAGUCUUCUACUCAGGGGGAUUACUCCUGAGAAAGUGUUCCUAGGAUUGCACUGUAAGUUACAUAUACAAAACAAGGGCAUAUUUCUAUAACAAGGAAGUUUAAUUUCUACAAUUUUCCAAAACAUUUUGAAGAUGGCUCCCUCCCCAUUUUCAACCUGUACAUGAACAACAAUGGUUAUAUUACGUUGUAAAAUUUCAAGGAGGUUCUUGCAGUUGAGUUCAUGAAACAAGUAAUUAUUGUAUGUUGCUUUCUUUCUACUGACACAGCUCUACAUUUUAUUAUAUAUAUAUGUAUAUACAUUUUCAAAUAUUUGUAAAAAGGAUAAAUUCUUCAGCACUUUGGUAGUGGUUUGUCUACAUAAUCUACACAUUUUUCCAGUUUUUAAUUGAGGUGCAGUUUACUUCAUAGCUCCCUAUAGCUGAUAAAGGUAAAUAAAUCCCAUUAAGAGUUGGUUAUAGAAUUUCCACCAAAUGUUUUGAAAGUUCAUGUUAAAAAUUCUUUGAUUUCUUAAGAGUAAGUUGACUUGCAGGUUGUUUUGGGGACUAAGUUGACUGGAUAAUGUUAAUAGUGUCCCAAGAACUGGCCACUAAAAUGAGCAAAUGAUAAAAAAUAUGGAAAUUACUAAGUCCAUAUAAAUGUCUAGAAGAAGUAACGACAGGGGGCAUUAAUUCUAGAGUUCUGCUUAAACAGCAAACUUGUGAAUAGUUCUUCUGGGUUCAGUCUUUAUAAUGACUUUUUUGUUACCUAAUCAGCCAUCCUGUGCAUUUUGGAAACUUUUUAGCUUCCAUGAUGUGCAUUAUGGCUCACAAUGGGAGGCAUACGAAGUGUCUAGGAAAAGGCGGGUACCUUUUCCUGCCUGUCUCCCACACUCAGAUCUCAGCAACCAGCUGUGUGGACUCAGUAAUUCAUAUAGAUUUCUUAUGGUAUAAAAUGAUAGUCUCAUGUUAGCUAUUUGUACUUGGGUGGAGAUACGGAGUACAAAAUACUCACAAGUCAUCUCAGUUGUGAACGGAUGCCUGUGUUUGCUGUUUGCAGCUUCUGUCAAAACACAUAGAAGCAGGUCCCCAAGCUUUCUCAAUUGCUGCUUCCAUAUAUUGUAGAGGAAUAAACUACAAAUAAUGUAUGUGUGGCCCUUCACAAUAGAUACAGGGCAGCCUCUCCAGUGAAAGCAGGCUGCAUAACAGACUAUGAAGAGUGGGCGCUAAAUUGGAACUCCCAACCACAGCUUGCUUGUACUAUGGUUCUUGCAGAAGGAGAAAAUCCCCAUUUGUUCAGUAGAAACCGCCACCACCAGCCCAUCUUCAGUUUUCGUAGAUGGGUACACAGAGCACUGGGGGGGGAAAUCUAACCACUCCAGCUAUCAAUGGUGCUUCCUCAGGACCUCAUUCCUUACCUUCCACUGCCUUCUAGCAUGCUAGUGAUAGCUCACCAAACAGGUGUAUCAUCAAGGGGGGAUUUAGAAGGCACCAGGAUGAAAGAUCACACUAAUCAGUAGAAAUUGCUGCACACAAAACACUGUUACAGUCAAAAGUAAUUCACUUCCCACAUUCUAUCAUAUUUCCUCCUCACUGCCCUUUAUAUCUCAUGACAAAGGAAGCAAAUGAAUGACCCAGCCACGGACAUGUGCUUUUCACCAAACUUUAAAAAAAACCAGAAAAACUUCAGGGCAAAAAUAAGGUUAGGGAAUGUGCUGAAAUGGCAAGAAGCAAGAAAGGAAUACUGUAAAAGUGAGGGAUGCAAAAGAUCUAUUUUAUUCCAGAGUUUAAAAAGUAUAAGGGAUACAGGGAAGCAACUGGUCAAGAAGUGGGAGAGAAGAAGGAUUGAAAAUCCCUAGCAAAGAGUGAAGGAAGAGAUGACUUAGCUUGCCCUAGUCUGGUAAUAAUAACAGUGUGCUUACAUACCAACAGAUGACUGCCCACUCCGAGCAGUGAUCAAAGUCAGUGUUGUUAUAUCCCCACAGUACAGAUGGGGAGCUGGGGAUGAGAGAAGUGGCUUACCCAAGGGCACCUGCUGAGCACAUGGUAGUAGUGGGAGUUGGACCAGCAGAGUGCUGAUUCAUAGCCCAACCACUUAACCACUAUACUACAGCAGUUCUCCUUUCUCUGACUAUUUACUGUAGCCAUCUAAUAGGAACUGGCUGUACACUUAAGCUAUAACAGCAGCCAGGCAGUGCAAUGAUCAUUGGGAACUCUGCUUGGAAGUGAGGACAGAGACAAGCAGCUGACUAAAUGGGAUUUCUGAACUGUGAUUUGUUAUCUAGUUCACUAACCAGACUUGGUGCAACAAACUGAGGUUUAAACAAGCCAUAGUUUAUCACAUAGAUAGUAUCUCUACCCAAGUGUAAAUGGUGACAUAUGACUUCAGAAUAGCAUGGGAUAAAGGAAUUCUGGAGGUCUGGACAAUGUGGGUUUGAAGUUCUAAAAGAGUGCUUUUGUUUCUUCCAAAAUGAAAGAACUGGGAGGGUAACCUCUGCAUUAUGGUUUGAGGUUCCUUUUUCAAAAACAGCCUCUGUUCCCCUUUCUGCUGGACAUUCCAUUCUCAAAAUUGGGGAAAACUUCAGGAGUAUGAGGAUUUGCAAUAUAAAGAAAAUAUAGAACCACUUGUGCGCAGCUAAUGGGCUUUUUUGAAUCCCAGCCCCAGUCCAUAAGCUAUGCUCUGUGUGAAAGUGCCCUUAGUAUUGCUGGCUGAUGUUCUAGGUGGCAUUCACAAAAGAGCUCUUGUAGAGCUAUUGAAAGCUCAUGCCCAGUUGUAGGACCAGACUAACACAAACACCUUGUACAGAAAAUUUUUCUAUCUCUCUGUCUUUUGUUUAUGUACUGUUUGUAACAUUUGUUUGACAACCGAAGUAUGAUCUGUAUUUUUCAAUCAUACCGUAUAAAAGUUAUCUCCCUGUUUUGUUGGGAAGCUCGUGUUGAUUUAACAGUUCACUUUGUUGAUAGCUUAACUGGAACAUAGCGACCACUUUUUAUAUUCCCUCAAUGAAACCUUCAGCAGGUAUAUGCUGUUAAUGGUAGCUAUAGAGGUUUUCUAUAAUAAAUGUUCAAGUAUUUUUGUACAUAACUGGUUAAUUUUAAUAAGAAGUACAGCUAUGUGAAAAAAGAAGCAAACAGUUGUGUAUGCAGUAAGAUUGUUAUAAUUAUGCCAAAUACUUUAUGUAAGGGGAGGGGGCAUGGGGUGGGGGAAGAUUAUUUGUACAUAGGUGCUUUUAACAAUGAUUCUGCCAUAUUGACUCUACAACUUUGAAUGUCAGAAAAAAUAUAUUAAUAUAUGUUGAAAUAUCUAUGUUUAGCAAAAGUGUUCAUAACUGGAAAAGGAGCAUAUGAAUUUUAGCUUUGUACCUUGCUGAUUUUGAAGUCCUGAAAUUUCUUGAACUAGCGCUUGCUUUUGAUUCAUAACAUUUUUGUGUCUGCAUAACCUGAUUUUGAAGCUGUUUAGCUAUCUAUUUAUGCUGUUUUUUUUUAAAAAAAAGAUAUUGUCUGAGAUUUAAAUAAAGUGUCACAAGCUGGAUUAAGUCACUUUGAUUCCCUCCCCAUCUCCAUAUGUAGAGCUGAAUAAGUGUGCUGCCUGGUGCUUCCGCAUAGUCAGAAUCAGUGUGACGUGCUCCUCAAGUUGUUUUUUUUAAAAGUAUAUUUCUGAGACUAAGUGACAUUUUUAAUCUCUCACAUGGCACAUGUUACUGACAGCAAAACAUUUCAUGUAGUUUCUAUUUACAGAUAGCUACAUGGGCUGCUGAAGAAAAUUUAAUACAGAAUAAAAUUGAUGGAUCUUUAUUGUACAG